AUGUUCUCUCAGAAGGUUGCCCAGCAGUCGCUGCGACGGCUUGCCGUCCAGCAGCCGUUCGCUAUGCGGUCCAUGAUGGGCGCUUCCCCUGUCGCCGUUGCCCUCGGCAAGAACAUGCAGACUCGACAAGUUACUUCGACCCCAAACACCGAGGACCCCAACCAGAUCCUCAUUAAGCAGCGUCUUGCCCGCCCUGUCGCCCCUCACCUUACCAUCUACAAGCCCCAGAUCGGCUGGAUCGGCAGUUCUCUGCACCGUAUCAGCGGCGUCGCUCUCUCCGGCACCCUGUACCUUUGGGCUACUGCCUACCUCGUCUCCCCCGCUCUCGGUUGGCACCUCGAAUCAGCCUCCAUGGUCGCUGCCAUGGGUGCUCUCCCUCUCGCGGCCAAGGUCCUUCUCAAGACCACCCUUGCCCUGCCUUUCACCUACCACGGCAUGAACGGUCUCCGCCACUUGAUGUGGGAUCUCGGCCGUGGCCUCACAAACCCUGUCAUUAUUAAGACCGGAUGGGCUGUUGUUGGCCUCAGCGUUGCUAGUGCCGUUGGUCUUGCUCUUAUUUAA